AUGGAUGACAUUAAAGAAGAUACCAUGAAAUCUGAUGAAAAUAAUAAAAGAAGAAAAAUAAACGAGAAUAAUGAUUAUAAAUUACAUUCAAAUAGUGAUGGUAAAGUAAAUCCCCAAGUUGGUGGAGAUAAAAAAAACACAAUGAAGUCUGGCGAAAACAAAAAAAAAAGAAAAACAGACGAUAACGAAUAUGAAAUAAACAAUAGCAUAAUUGAUAAUGUUGAUGAUGGUUUUCAGGUUGUUGGAGAGGCAGCUAAACCAUUUCUUCAAUUUUUUCAAUCUGUUACAACUAUUGCAGAUUCAAUAAUGAGAGCUUAUAAAAAUGGAAAAUGCAAUCAAAAAAUUUGUUUAGCUUUAAUUGAUCGUGUUGAAAUUGCUCAACAAGCAACUAGAUCGUUAGAAAGACAACAAAUGGAAUAUGAAGAACUUUUUAAAAAACAAGACUACUAUAAUGCAUGGAUUAGAUUUAUAGUUGUUUUAGAGAAUAUAAAUAAAUUUGUGAAUGAAGUUACUCAACUUUCAAACCUGCAAAAGUUUUUGGCUGCAAACGCCGUUAAAGAAGCAUUUGAUAAAAAUAUUAAAAAAUUUGAAGAAGUAUGCAGAGAUUUAAAUUUCACUUUGGCUAUUUAUGAUCUAAAUAAAAAGGAGUUAGAAAAUAAAAGAGUUAUGGAGGAUAUUAACGUCUUAACUAAGAAGAAAGAAUUAGCUCAAUUAUCCGAAAAAUUUGAUCAACUUAUGAGGCGAACCACCUUUAUUGAUCCCACAUUAAUAGAAGCCUAUAGAGAGCCCGAAAUAAAUCCACGGGAACUUUGUCUAGUUCCAUUAGAAAAUGAUUCCGGAAGAACUAUCCUCAAAAGAAACUAUCGGGGAGUUAAAGUUGCAUGUAAAAGGUUUUUUGCUGAGAAAAAUGAUAUAAAAUCUUAUGUCGCGUUUGCUAUCUUACGUAGAUUAGGGACUUGUCCAUAUAUUUUUGGCUUUCAUGGUCAUUCAAAAAUAGAUAAUAACCCUGUUAUUGUUUUUGAUUGGGCACUAAAUGGUAAUCUGCGAAAGUUGUAUACAGCGAAUUCAAUUGAUUGGCGCACUAAACUUAAACUUGCUCGUGAUAUAUGCUAUGGUCUUUUAUUCAUACAUCAAUGCAAUAUUUUACAUCAUGAUAUUCGCUGUGAAAAUAUAUUAGUUACCGAAAGUUAUGAACCAAAAAUUUCGAAUUUUUGGUUGAAUAGACAUGAGAAAGAGAUAUCUGUGAGAAUAGAGGACAUCGUAAACAUGGUUCGAUGGUUAGCUCCAGAAAAAAUAAAAGCUUAUGAAAAAUAUGUUCCUAAAGGAGCUAGUCCCAUGAUACUUCCUAAAAAUUUUGUUGACAAUAAUAUUCCAAUCUAUAACCUGGAAGAAGAUAUCAAUAAAUGCAAUGCUGAAAAUUUUUCAGGGGAUUGUAAGAGGCUUUCUUUGGAUA